ACGGCGGAGUGUGCGAGAUAAAGAUGGAUGACAGCGGCCGCUUGACGCACAUCUGGUGGCAAACGAGAGAGCAGGUGGCGCUUUGGAAUCGGUACGGUCACAUUGCGCUCUACGACGACACCGCCGUCAAGAACAGAUACCGGAUGCCCCUCGGUGUGCUCGCUGUCAUCGGUUCGGAGUAUCGGACGCGGAUCGACGCGGAUGCGGCGAUGACGGCGGCGGUGCGCGAGGUGUUCCCGGACGCGCUGGCGAGGCGCUGUUUAUGGCACCUCAACCAGAACAUCAUCAAGGCCCUCGCUAAAGUCCUUGGUGGGGACAUGAAGCCUUUCAUGGACGAGUUCAGGGAUAAGUGCAACUCCCGCUCCUCGCUUUUGGACGUGGUGAAGUACUUUUCGGGCAUCAUCUGUUCCCAGAAGGAUGCCGCCAUGCUGCGAGACGCCAUCGACCAUCUGCCGCCUAAUCGGAUGGUGGCUCCACCAGCGACCGCUUUCAAAAGUGUGCUCGAGUCCUGCGAGUUCUCCAUCGCGAGCUGGCCGCGGCGGUUCAUGGAGCAAGAGAUGACCGCGGCCAUCAUGUUUUGCCAGAUGGGUGGUGGGGAGGUGGAUGGACCAGAACGCGCGGCAGCUUUGGGGCACACGUUCGAGUACAUCGAGGGCAAGCUUUGCGACGUCAUCUACGUCUUCGGUAUUCACGAGCAGCGUGAUGGCAAGGGCUUCGACUACCUCGUCUUGCUCUUUUCCGACGGUAGCCAUCUCUGCCAGUGCCUCACGCUCCAAACUCUCGGGCUAUUUUGUCGCCACGUGUGGGCGGCGAUGAUGCACAGCCCCCGAUUCACAUUCCAAAUAGGCCUCCCNUUCAGAUUCCACGUAGGCCUCCUGCACGAGCACUGGCUGACGGAAAAGGCGAGGGGAACACCGCAGCAGGACUGGCCGGAUGUCGCCCGCCCUCGAUGGGUGGUAUCCAACCGCCACGCUGCGGGAGAAGUAGACGGGGCGGCGUGAGAGGAAGAGGGAGGGGGG